AUGACGGCCACCAGCUUGGUGAUGCAAAACCGCCGGGGCCAUGCCUCCGCCAAGCGCACGCUCCAUUUACCCAUUAUCGCCCCGAAAGAGGAAGUUCUCGAGGGCAAAUCAGACAAGAGCAUGAUCGCGCCGCCGCGUAUCCGUCUUCCGCCGCGAUCUCGGACCGGCUGUUGGACGUGUCGGAGUCGAAAAGUGAAAUGCGAUGAGGGACACCCGCAAUCCUUUCGCGAUGAUACCCCGCGCAUUAUGGGCCGUAUGGCCGAUGUGAAGACCGAGGGCAAUGUUGUCUGGGAUCUCUCCUCACCAGGAUCGAGUGAGGACCGGUCUGGAACCGAUUACUUUUCUCUCGGAGAUGCUCUCCCGGCCUUUUCACUGUUGACCUCGGAUGAGGAACGCGAAAGAAAGGCCGAAACUACCACUCCAGGCACAUACCAUGUUAUCAUGGUCCCAAAUAGCUUCAGCUCGUUGCCCGAGUACGCCGAUGAUGCGGAGAAGCUCAAGUCCACCGUCACCGAGUCCGUAUACUCGGUAACGAAUAGUCCCGUGAGCGUGGUCAAAACCGAGACCGACCCUACCGAUGAUCCCAAUGUAGUCAUCCUGAAGACCUUUGAGGACGUCACUCGACGCUCGUCCUCGGCUGGUAGAACCUCACGAGUAUCGCCUACAUCCGAGAUUUCCGAUCCCUUCUGCUCCCUUUCUCUAUCUCCAAUCAUGGAUUCCUUCCCAUCUCCCGUUCUUGGCGAAGAACAUGGCUCUUCUUCCUUCUUGGUUGACUCGCGCAUGGAUCACCAGGCUCGACAGAGGCAACAAGAUUCGACGCUGUUUGCGCAUUUCCGACACGUUGUUUGGAAGCAAUUGUUUCCUCAUGACCGUGGUUUGGAUGACACGUACGGGUUUGACCGCAAUGGUAUGACUCUAAGUGUCGACUUCCUCGAGCGAGAAGCGGCCCAUUUCCCUCCGCUCUCCCAUGCCAUUAUGACCGUCUCGGCUCUCAGUCUCUCGCACAGCGGGACCGGACAAAACGUGGAUGCGCUGCAAUAUUACCAGCAGGCAUUCCCUUCUCUACAGAUCAGCCUCCGCAACAAUGACGAUCUCGUCUCGGAUGGACUGUUCCUGACCCAUUUCCUUCUACUGAUCUAUGAGGUCGCAGCCGCCGAACCCCAAGGCUCCAACCUCUGGUCUCACCAUAUCUCUCGUCUCCUUCACAUUGCCCUCCUCCGCCGGUCCAAAUUCGGCCGCGAACCACACCCCUUCAUCCUCUGGUGGAUCUGCCACAUUGACCUCUACGCCCUGUUCAGCGGCGCAGGAACCGGCGAGUUUGUGCGCGCAAUCAUGGAUCACCAGAUGCUCCCCGGAUCAGAUAGUCUUCUCUACCCAUCCACGACCGAGGGAUACAGCGUGAUUUAUCCCGAUGAGCAUGAAAGCUUGCCUACCCUCAUGCGCCUAUAUGCCGAUACCUUUUCAUUGGCGACCCAGAUUGGAUUCUUGGGUUCACGACUGCGUCAGGAAAAGCUGUCCGUGCCGUUCGCCGACUUCAACCAGCGAUCCAAAGAGAUCAGUGACUUGCGUCAAGCUCUGAACCGUCUAUGGGAGGCAUCUGAUGUCGCCUUUUGGUAUCAGCGCCAGGAUAGCCUCCCACGGCGAUCGCAGGAGAUCCUACAGCAGUCCGCCACUUUGUUCCACGUCAGCCAGCUGUUUACCUAUAGCAGCAUGUGGCCUCGCCAACGACUCGAGUCGGAGUUCUCCCCCGACGGUGAGAUUGACCACCACGCAGCCGAGAUCCUGCGUAUUGCCGAGCAGACGACACACACUCGUCGUGCUGAUCGGCACUUUUUGGUUUUCCCGCUCUUCCUCGCGGGUGCUACGGCGUCUGCUAGUGGCCUGAAGAUGAUGGCCAUGGAAUUGAUGACUAGCAUGGAAGAUGAGGAAGACGGGAUGGGUCGCAAUGCGGCGACCACCCGGGCUAUUUUGCAGACUGUCUAUGAGCGACAGUUGGAGUGUUUGAUGCGUGUUGGCCAUACGCUCGAUGUGGAUUGGGCUGAUUUGAUGGCUCAGGAGGGGCUGCAAAUGGUCAAUUUUGGGUUCUAG